GGUAUGAUAGAAGACGAAGAGUUAGAGCUACCCGAAGACAGUCAAUUUCUGGUUACAUAUGGGAAAGUGAUUUCCUCUAAGGGUGUUCGUCCAUCCGUGUACAGUAAAAAAGUUGUAGCUGUCACGUCUCUCCGUGUUUGUAGACAGUUCUGUUCUAAGGAUGGCUGCAGCGAUAGAUUUUGUCCUGAGUUACACCUGUGCCCCCGUUUCGUUUAUGGGAAUUGUUGGUUUAACACACGCAGAAAAGGAUGCAGGUAUCCACAUGAUUUCCAUUCUGAGCAUAAUGUGAGACUUCUAAAUGCCAGUGACCUUUUUAACCUGGAAGACAGUCAUCUGCGAGUACUGCUACUUCAGAAUGAUCCGUCAUUGCUGCCAAAGCCAUGCCAUUUGUACAAUAAAAACAAUGGAAGGGACGAUGCUUGUAAAUUUGAAAAAUGCCAAAGACUGCACAUCUGUCAGCACUUUCUAAAUGGAAACUGUAGAUAUGGUGACAAGUGUAAGAGGUCCCACGAUUUUCGAAAUGUAUAUCACUUGCUGGAGGAACAGGGAUUUGAACAUAGCCUAAUACCCAAUCUGUUGUCAAUGUAUCAUAACAUUUAUGACAUUAUCAACUCUAAACAUGCCAAGCCUAAAGAUUCAACACCUUGUGUUCACCAGAGCACGGCAAACAGGAAGAGAAGGGCAGACAGUGAAGAAGCCGGUUUGUACAAUGUUGGAAAUAAAAAGCCAAAACACUUUGUUCACCAGGCCUCUGAAAACCUCAAGAGAAAUGCAGACAAUGGAGAAAUAUGUGUGAACUAUAUUGCUAAAAAUUGUCGCUAUAAAGCAAAGUGCUUCAAGCAUCAUUUUGACUUGCCAUAUAGAUGGCAAAUUUUUAAGGAAAAAUGGGAAGAUCUUCCUAAUAUGGAACAUAUUGAAAGGACUUAUUGUAAUCCUAACAAUGUUGGAAGUGCUGGUUGGCAUUAUGUUGAUUUUCAGAAGAUGAUCUGUUAUUCCAAUCAAGUUAGACGUUUAUCUACCCCAUCGUCUGUCACUAAACGUUCACACAUCAUUUUUACUACAGUUUGGAUCUGGUACUGGAAAGAUGAAUAUAGCAACUGGAUUGAAUAUGGCAAUCAGGAUGAAAUACACUGUGCUUCAACUGUCACUAGCAGAGACCUGGAGAAGGCUUAUCAGGAAAACAAUGAUGGUGUGAUAUCAUUUCAAGCUGGAAGAUACGACUAUAAACUUCGCUUCAAAGACAUGAUACAAGAAAAUAAAUCCUUUCUAACUCAGAGGGAAGUACAGCGGAGACCAAAAUAUGUCUCUGCACAAGACUUGGAAAAUAUAAGAAAAAGAAGAUCCACUCAGAUGAAGAAUGUGCCUUCCAACUGGGACAAAUCGGCACUGCCAGAAGUAGGAUACGAGCUUGUUCAAUUGUCUGCAUCCUCAAAAGAAUACAAUGAAAUAAGUACAUUAUUCCGCAAGACAAUGAAUUUCAGCACCAUUCAGAAGAUAGAAAGAAUUCAGAAUGUGUCCCUUUGGGAAGCUUUCCAGUUGAAAAAAAAACAGAUGAAGAAAAAUAAUAAUGGAAGGGACGUUGAUGAGAGGCUGCUUUUUCAUGGCACGGAUGACUCAAAAGUAGAAGGCAUAUGCUGUCAAAACUUUGACUGGAGAGUUUGUGGAACGAAUGGAACAGCUUACGGCAAAGGAAGUUAUUUUGCAAGGGAUGCUUCAUAUUCCAAUGAUUAUUCAACAUCAACAUCAAGCUCCAGGUUCAUGUUUGUAGCUCGAGUUCUGGUUGGGCAGUUUUUAGAAGGGUAUUUUUGGUUCGUGGUUCCUCUAUCCAAUCCUGAGAAGGCAAACCGUUUGUAUGACAGUUGUGUAGACAGUAUGCACAAUCCUUCUAUCUUUGUUAUCUUUGAAAAACACCAGAUUUAUCCCGAAUACCUAAUUAAGUACUAUAACAAAACUUCACCAAGUACUAACAAUUUCUGUCUCAUAUUGUAAUCCUAAUAGUUAUGGCAUACCAGAACCCAUUUAUCUGCUGCAUAUUUUCCUCCCAUUAGUUAUGCCACCUCUGGAAAUGCUAGAACCCAUAUUUCUUUCACUUCCACUACUCCUAACAUUUACAGUACUUCUGAAAAUUCUGGAACCUAUAUUUCUGGAACAUAUUCUAUUUCCAACACUUAUGUUACUCCUGGAAAUUUCAGCAUCCAGUCUCAUUCAACUGCUUCCAUUACUUCUAGAAUGCUCAGAGAAUCUCUACUAGUAGUUCUAAUACUUGUGGUGGUGGGUUUUCACUUUUAUCAAGAGGUUAUUUUCAUAGCCUUUGUUUUUGCCAGCAAUGCAAAUGCUGUUCUAUAUAUUUUCUAAAUUACUUGUCUGUGAUUUCAAUAACAAUAAGUAAUUCUACAAUUUUGUAAGUAAUAAUGGAAUUAAAGAAGCAUUUUUAAGCCAUAUAGCAAACAUAUUUUUUGAUCACUUUUAUAAUGGACGCUAUUGCUAGACAUUCAUAUAUUUGUAAAGCUUUCUGUUUAUGUGUUUGUUUAUUUGUGAAGUUGGUAGAUGGAGUGACACAAAAUAGUUUAAAGCCAUAUAAUAAUGCACUAUAUAAACAUACCAAUGUAUGUAAAUCUGCCACAUUUAAAUUCUUUGUUCUUGGAAGUGUGUUAGUUGAUCCUAGAGGUGGGAACUGGGAAACAUUGGUGGAAUACAGAGAACUGUACUGACAAAUUAUACUAGAAGCCAACAGAACACCUGGUUUGAAUGAAAUGAUUUCUCUUGUUCCAGUUUUAAAACUGAGGUCAGCCAAGCUAUAAUAUGAUUAUAUAAAUUUAGUUUUAUGGUUUAUUAAAUAUUAAGAGGUUACUAAUUACAAAACCUUUUACAAAUUUUAUAUACAACAUCUCAUCACAGUGGUGCUUGUAUUGUUUUAAAACUUGCUUAAUUGUUUGAUUGGAUCUGUUUUUUUAUUGGAUGUGUUUUACUGAAUAUUUGGUAUAUAUUAGAUGAGUUCACUUAUAUGACUUUAUCUGAUGAAGUUAAGGAUGAAAACGUGUUGGGGAAUAUUUCAGCGUUACUGUGUAUUGUUCGUGCUUUGUUAUUAAACUGUUUGUGACACAG